AUGAUGGUAGUUCCUGGAAAUGCCCCGGUUAUACAGCAGGAUCAUGCUCUGGAGCCUGACUUAGGACGCGACUCGACGGAGAACUCUGCCAUGGGCCCUGACACGGAGCCGGCUUCCGAGGAGGUUGGCCCGGAGCUGGAGGAGGUGCGAAAGCUGCGGGAGCUGGUGAGGAGACUGGAGCUCGAGAACCAGCACCCAAGAACGAAGAGCAGCAGGAGCGUGCUGGGGACCAGCGUGCAGAGUGAGCUCCACCCCGGUGUGGGUAACCAUGACUCUGGUCUUAACGGGAUGGAAAUCCGUAACGGCAUCAAUGCGAUGAUGGAGAAGCAGGAAUUGCAGAUCAUGGCCGAUCUGCACAGCCAGCUGAGCAAAAUAAGAAAAGAGGAAGGAGAGAACAACUGCUGGAAAAAAGACACGGAUGCCCAAACGCAGUACCGUCACCACAGUGCCCCUGAGGAAUUGUCUUCCAGCCUGCGUAAGGCGGAAGCGGAGAGCGACAGCGGCCCCAGACAUUCCUCACGUACGGAUACGAGUAACGGCACGGAGCUUCUGGGAAACUUGGUCACGGCAGCUGUGCAUCCCUCAGCUAAAAUGAGCGAAGAAAAUCCCGGUGAGGAAUGUGGAGGUUUGGAAAGCCUUUCGAGUAACACAGACCUGGAUGAAGUGAAAGUGUUAGAGCUUGACCAGUGCGGUGAGGAGGAGGAUAGCUGGCUCUAUGUGUCCCCAAGAAAAUCUGCUACGGAUCAGAAAACGGACUCGCCGCUGAAAUGGUGCCGGCAGGUGUUGGAUAAUCCCAGCCCCGAGACAGAAGCAGCCUGCCGAACCCUCAUAAACAGACUUGAUCAAGCCAGUAGAUGGAAAAACCUGUAUUGCAGCCCGCUGGCAUCACCGAGUGCUCAUAACUUGAAUACAGAGACAGGCUCCUGUAGCAAUGCACUAAACUCUCCCGGGCAUCCCAAAUCGACUAACAAAGCACUACUAACCUGUGGCAGCUCAGGUUAUUUGAGCAUGCAUUCCGCCCUGAGCUCUCAGUCGUCUGUGGACAGCGAGCUGAGCACGUCGGAUGACUCCAUCUCCAUGGGAUACAAGCUGCAGGACUUGACUGACGUCCAGGUCAUGGCGCGCCUUCAGGAAGAAAGCCUCCGUCAGGAUUGUGCCUCCAGCUCUGCGUCCGUGUCGCGUCGCAGUUCCAGUGCCUCCCUUCACUCCCUGCGAAGAGGUACCUACAGUGACCAGGAGUUCGACACCUACAGCCUUGAGGAUGAGGAUGACUAUGACUGUUCCCUGUCCUACCGCAGCGCUCACAGAUACUCGCCGUCCCCGCUCAGCUCACCCCGAUGUCAGUCCCCUUCUUCCAGUGCAGAUUAUGGCAGGUCAUCUGCUUCCCGUAUCCGCCCCCCCCGGCGCUCCGUGCAGAGUCCGAUGCCAGACCGGCUGAAGUACGCCAGCAGCGAAGAGGAGAUGCGCCACAGCAUGCCCAACCUGGCCAGGACGAGUCUUCGAGCUUUGGAGUCCGUCAGGAGCAGUCGGAGCUUGGAGUCGGACCUGCAGGUGCCCAGCAGUCGCAUUCCAAGAACGCAGCAGCGCUCGGCAGGUCUGGCUCCUAGUAAGCUCAGGUAUUCCUCCAGUGCUGGGCAGUCUCCCUUAACGGUGCGACAGCCGAUGAAAGCCGCGUCGUGCACAAACUCUCUGCUAACGCCCAGGCAGCCAGUAAAAGCCUGCGGCUACACAAAUCCCGUCAGCGGAGUGCGAAAACCACAGGCAUCUUCGCUCAGCACAGGCUCUUCCAGUAGCAGUGGCGCUACCAGAAGCAGUAAUAUGGGCACUGUGGCAAAAAAUUCACCCGUUAAGGCACGCACGUCUGUCGGAGGAAUCUCGGUGCCCAGGAGCAAGCCAACGCCACCCUCCAGGAGGCUUCUCCAGUCGGCGCAGACCGCCGAGGACGAUUCCUGGAAGGACGGGUGUUACUGA